UGAGGUGUAUUAUUCUUGUUGUUUUUCUGUACCUGCGCACGCAGUGACACGAGAGUUUGUGUCGCGUGGGUAAAGUUGCGCGCGGAGCUCCAGUGCUCGUGAAUCACGAUGUGAUGAACACGGAGGAUCGUUUAAUGAUAUCAAACUCAUCAUAUCACAUGAACAAGGAUCAUCUCAUCAGAUCAAACACAUCCUCACAAGCCCCGGUGCCGCCGAACGGAUCAAACGAUGCUCAACCGAAAGCUGAAUUCACCAACCUGAUGAUGAUGAUGAUGAUGGACGAAGAGGUGAAGAACUAUUAACGGAGAAGAUGGACUCGAGGAGUUUGAGUGUUUUGGAUCGUCUUCUCCUCACACACUCCAUAUGGUUGCAGCUGUCAAUCAACCCAGACUCCGCCCACCAGAUCCUGCAACGAGAGAUAGUUGGGACGUUUCUGGUGUGUAAGUGUAGUGCGUCCCACAGGAAGGUUUUGUGUGUGCGGCUGCAGGAGGGAGGAGUGUCACAGUAUCCCAUCCGUGAGGAAGACUCCACAUUUUCUCUUGAAAGUUCUGCCCUGAGCUUCCCUGAUCUCUGCAGACUAGUGGCAUUUUACACUAUUAGCAGAGAUGUAUUGCCUUUCCCACUUGAGCUCCCAGAUGCAAUUAUACAGGCAACAACACACACCCAGCUGGAAAGCAUUUCACAUUUGGGUUUAGAGUUCUGGAGCUCUCAGACAUCUCCUGGCCUUCCUAACGGCCCCCCUCCACCCUCAGUGCCACACCGGACAUUCAGAUUGAUCAGCCCAUGUUUUGUAAACCCCCUAUUCCUUCAGCCUCCCCAACCCAGCAGAUCUGCCUCACACAAACGCCACCGCUUUAAACGCAGCCUCAGGGUCCGUGUGUCCAAUGAAACCUCCCUCAGCUUGUCGGGUGGAGAAUCGGACCUAACCCAAGGGGAGACACAUGGACAGAAUUCCAACCAGGGUGGCCCGAGACGAACGGGAGGAUUAAGUGUGCUCAGGAGGACCCCGGCACUUACUCCCACUUCACAAGAGGAAGAUGAGCAGAUGUUGGGAUAUAUACCACCUAGUAAUUCCUUACCCCAGCAAGGCAACACUGACCUCAACAAAGAUACUGAAGAUGGUGAGGUGUGUCUGGCUUUGGAAAGGACUCGAGCUCCUUCCCUUGCUGAAUUGGACAGCAAUAGUUCCUUCAGCAGUCUGGAGGAGGAGGAAGCCCAGGCGGACCUUGCCCACCAAUGGCCACCUGCCGCACGUGGUACCCGUUUUCCCUCAGCAAACCCCACAUCGACUCUGCGCCGCAUGACCGCCGCCUUUGUUUGCGUGUUCGCUCCUGAGCGCAGAGUUGCCAGAUUGGUGGAUGAACUCUCAUGUGACAAGCGCUCCACAUUUGGGUCGCUGGUGCAGGACUUUUUAGAGAAGCAGAGGCAGGAGAUGGAGGCCUCAAAGCAUAGUUCUGCUGUGGAGCUGCUUCAGGGGAUGAGAAGAUUUCUGUCCCAAGCCAAAAGUCUCCUUCUGGAAGCAGGAGAAAUAGAACCUCCAAUUGAGACACUGGUGCCUGAGAAUGAGAAAGAUCUUGCCCUGGAAAAGGCUCUGUUUGGCUGCGUGUUGAAGCCGUUGAAGGUUCAGCUGCAGCAGACGCUCGUUUCCCUCCACACUAAGGACGGCUCCUUACAGAAGAUCACAGACAGCUUGCUGGCCUACCAGGAGGGCGCACUGGAGCGCCUGGCUGUACGAGUCGGCGUCCUGGACGUUCGCGGCAUGGACAGAGCGAAGGCAAAGCUCACACUGAUGCAGCGCAGCCAUUCGCCCAUUGACAAGGUGCUGCUUCUGCUGCAGGUGUGCAAGAGUGUGUACAAAGCCAUGGGAACUCAACCUGAUCAGGACGUGGGGUCUGAGGACUUCCUACCAGCGCUGUCCUACGUGUUAGUUCAAUGUAAUAUCCCACAACUGCUGCUGGAGACAGAGUACAUGAUGGAGCUGCUUGAGCCGUCAUGGCUGACAGGAGAAGGUGGAUAUUAUUUGACGAGUGUGUAUGCCAGCCUAUGUCUGAUCCAGAGCAAGCCUGGGGCCACGCCCACCUGCAGUAUAACCAAUGAGGCUCAAGAGUACUUGAGGGAGUGGAGCAGGAGGCGGGGCCAAGAAGCCAAGACCCAGAAAGACAAUCAGCUGAAACAGAGGUUUGUGCGAGUGUUGUUCCAGGACGACUGUCGUAGUGGAGUGCGAACGCUCCUCUGGAAGGCAGGGGAAAAUGUGGAGGCUUUAUCCCAAACCUGCGCCGGUCUGUUCGGCGUGACGGAGCCGCAGCACUACUGUCUGUUCUGGAGGAGUGAAGGGGAAAUGCGUCCUCUACCGGCCCAUAUUCAGCCACAUCAGCUGGGCAUGCACGAGGCAGUGUCGCUGUCUUACCUCCGCUCCGAUCACGACUUCAGCAAGAUGCGCAGACUGACCAGAGGAGGCGCCGUAGAUCUGGGCGAGUCGGUGUGCGAGGAGUGAAGAGACGCAG